AUGCCCAACCUACGGUCAUAUUUUCUCGACCUCGAAGGCUGUCCGCAGAUAAACACCGUGCAGUUGGAAAAAUCAGCAAUGGAGACAAAAGAUCUGGUGGUAUCUUCGCCUCCAAUAGAACGAUCUGAGACCGAAGAUGAAAAUAGGGGGAAGCGACCGCCGCCACUGUGGGCGAAACUCUUUGCCGUGUUCCUCAUAUCUUGCAUCAGCUUUGGGUCUCAUUGGAGUUCAGGUGUCACAGGCGCAAUGAAAAGCACCAUCAAAAAGAAAAUGCACAUAUCUAAUACUCAAUUCUCCCUCCUAGAAGCGAGUGAGAACUUCAUGGCGACCUUACUCCUGCUCGUCAGUGGGGUGAUUACAGAUCGCGUUGGAGGCGCCGGAAUGAUUGUAUAUGGAAAUAUUGUAUACACCAUCGGAUCGAUCCUGGUCGCUGCCGCAACGACCGUUCGUGCCUUCAAAUUCAUGAUCGGGGGCCGCGUCAUCCUGGCAUUGGGAGAUAUCGCCACGCAGAUUGCCCAGUACAAGAUGUUUUCCUCAUGGUUCCCACCCAGCAAUGGAUUUGCCUCAACACUUGGAUUUGAGCUCGCUAUUGGAAAAAUCGGUGGUUUCGUUGGAAAGUCCACAGCCAAUGUCAUUGCAAAGAACACCGGGAACUUUUCUUGGGUCUUCUGGACCUCUGUCUUCAUGAACUUGUUUACCAACGCUGCCACCCUCGUUUUCUGGUUUUUCAACCGCUACUGCAACGACCAUUAUAGGGGCAGACAGGAUGCAGCGACUAAGGAACCCUUGACAGAGAAAAAUAAGAAAUUCGAGUUCCAGAAGAUGUUCCAGUUGCCAUGGAUGUUCUGGUCGAUUAUGGCAUUCUCCCUCUUUCAGACGAGCACUGCCUCCGUUUUUAGCCAAAAUGCAACCGAACUGGCGGAGAAGCGAUUCAAUGUCGACUCAAUCAAGGCGGGAUGGUAUAGCGCUCUGUCGCAGUACGCAGGGUUCUUUUUGGUACCAUGUUUGGGUGUGUUCAUCGAUGUCCUUGGGAACCGAGCAAGUGUUUUAUGCCUGUGUGGAAUCGGUAUGUUCCUAAGCAUGACCUUAGUGAACUUUGCGACAACCAAAUCUGGAACCGCCGCAUCCUUUGGUAUCUACGCCAUUGCCAUGUCCCUGGGACCAACAUCUGUCAUUGACAGCAUCCGCGCAACGCUUUGGCAUCAAUCGGUUUUUGGGUCUGCGUAUGCCCUCAAGGUUACAAUGAACAACGCGAUGAGCAUUAUUGUUCGCAUUAUCACUGGGGCGCUGCAGGACGCCGACAAUGACUCAUACCGUCGAGUGGUGCGAGCCUAUCUUUUCCUAGCUGCAGGUCUCUUCAUUCUGGCAACCUGGGAUAUUAACCCCUCCAUCAAGAUGAAGCUUCCCCCGGAGAUAAUUCUGCAGAUCAUUGAUGAUACCAUCCCAUCAUCCAAAGUUCCGGUGGCAUUCUCUCCCUCAGACCCUAUCACUCAGACCCUUCGCAGCUGGGCACUAGUCUGCAACUUCACCCGGGCAAAAUCACAAUAUCUCCUUCUCAAACAUUGUCUGUACAUCGACUCUCAUGAGCGUCUCAAGGCCCUUCUCGACAACACCUCUUCACUUGUCUCGCUCCCCUCACCGGGUCUUUUCCUCGCCCCCUUCCCCGAAGAUGAUCUCGACCAUCUCGACAUUGCGCAGCACAUAGAUCAACUAUGUGCCAAAGUAUGCUCUAGCCUAACACGUCUCGUCAUCGACAUGCCACUCCGACGUCUCUAUCCGUAUGAAGACAAGAACCGGGUGCGACCGGUUCUCCGCACCGCAUUCGAACGCCUAACAGCAAUUGAGGAGUUCUGCUCCGCUCAAGACGAGCUCUACCUAGCGACCAUGGAAGAUUCCAGGUCCGAACCCGAGGUCUGGUCACUAUGGCCAGGUCUGCGCCGUUUGGCGCUGUACAAUCUUGCGGUUGAUACACUAUAUUUCUACACGAACGUGACGCGUUGCUCGGCCCUGGCGCAGCUGGUACUGGUACGAGGAGAUGGGUUGACUUAUGUAAUGGAAGACGAAGAAGCAGAAGCCCUGGAAUCGUGGAACUUUGGAUCUCUGCGUCGAGUGGCUAUGGUUAACGUUGAAUACCCGUCUGGGGAGGAUAUGGAGUCAAUGACAAGCUUCUAUGGACGAUUGAUGGCUUCUCGGGCCGGAGAGGGGAGUCGUGUGGUUCCAGGACUGUACGAUGGAAUUGAACUGGAUAUGAUUCUUGUGGACCUGCCUGAAGAUCGGCAAGAUGACGAAAUUGCUGUUUGUCAAGAAUGGCUGAGGGAUUCAGCCAUCAGGGGAGACAUUUGGGAUUGA